AUGUUUCCGAAGGUCACAUAUUCAUUAACUCCUUUCUCUGAACUAGAGCAGCAUAAAAACAUGAAGGACCAAUUUCUAGAUGUCAUUGGACAGAUUAUAGCGAUUUCAGAUGUUGCAGAAUUUCGCACAGCAGCCGGAACAAUGCAAAAGCGAAGGACGAUUACUCUACGAGAUGUCAACAGUAUGGAAGUCAACUUAUCACUAGCUGGUGCAAGAGCAACAGAAUUUGAUGGAGACAAAGUCUAUGAACUCGGACAAGAAACAGCUGUUGUAGCUAUCUUUGUUGGUACACUCAUGAAAGGAUUAAGAGGACAACCAUCAUAUCUCACUGGAACAUCUGCCUGUCGAUGGUACAUUAAUGAUUUUCAGAUACCCGCCAUACAAGAAUACUAUAACAUGUUACCAUCAGAAGUGGAUGCUAUGGAGAAAAUAGAACUACAAGAUAACAAAACUAUACAGCAGGCUGUUGAGCAAAAAACUGUUCUUCAACUCAAGCAUAUGGAUCCUUUCGAACACAUGAACACAAGAUUCCAAUGCACUGUCACUAUCACUAAGUUAUCUCCAAAUCAGCGUUGGUACUAUCCAGCAUGCAAGAUUUGUAACUCAAGGUCUUAUUACAAUAAUUCAACAUACAAGUGCUCUAAGGAUACAUGUCCUUGCACUGAAGCAGAAGACAGGUAA